AUGGAGCAAGUAACUUUUCCCCAACAUCAGGAGAGCGGAACAUGUGAAUGUUGGGUCAGUGUUGGUCCUUAGUAACAAAACUAAUUGUAACACUUUCUAAAUACUUUCUGAAUGGGAGUUGGUUGUUUGAAGUCAAGAUUAAACUGGCAGAUAGUUGAGGGUUUAUAAUUUAUUUAUUUUUUUAAAUUCUGAUUAAAAUCAGAAUGCAUUAACUGGAAGCAAACACUGUUGAUUUAAACAGCUAACAUUAUAAAGUUACUAAGCUGUUGUCUCCCUGCCCCUCCCCACAUAUCCAUCAAAAGCGAGUAUAAAACUCUUCACUUUUCUUCUGAAAGGCAGUAGAUAGGUGCCAUUUGAAAACUUCUGGAGAAGGCGUUCCAGUGAUGAGAGGCCACUGCAGAAAAAGCCCAAUCAGGUCUGCAAAGAUGAUAAAAAUUGGGUAGGUUCAUGUGCAACAGGCAGUCCUUCAGGUGUCCUGUUCUCAAGCCUUUUAGGUUUGCUUCCAUCUAAAUUUUAUGUAGAAUCAGUGUUUGUGAGAGGCAUAUUAGAAUUGUUUUCUUCACUGUAUUUUAAAUAUUUUUGUUGUUGUUAAUUGGUUAUUACCUGCCCUAAGCCCUAGGGAUAGGCCAAUCUAUAGAUUUAAACUCCCAUGCUGUUGUGAUAACAGGUGCCUGGUAAGUGUGCAAGGGAACAGAGUGGCAGGCUAGAGCAUCUCCACCUCUGCUUGGAGGUCCAUAAUUAGAAGGGUGACUUAAAACUAGCAACCUCAUCAUUUUCACUUGAUUGUGCGAUUUCCAAAUGGAGGGUUCCCACAUUCCCCAAACCUGUUUACUUCUCUUUGUGAAGAUUAAUUACUGAGCGUCCUUGGGGCCUUGAGCAAGUUAGACAGAGCGUAGCAGCCUUAUCAAGAUUGUGAAAGCCUCCUACUUUUCUGUAAGCAGAAAAUUGGCUUCCCUCAGAUCUCAGUGGUUUAUGCAGGUCACAAAGUAUGGCUUCCCUCACAAGUAUGUUACUUGUGAGAAGAAGAGAGCUAAUUGGUUCCCUAAUGGCUAUGGCGGAUUAAUGUAGUAGCAAAUGUAGCACUUGCUAAGGGCCCUGUGUUUUUGAGGGCCCCGCAUGCCCGUUUUCAAACUGCCCUUUCUGCUUUGACUAGCAGACACUCUCCAGCGUGUGAAGCUGGAGACAGACCAGGCAGGCAGAUCAUCUGAAGCAGAGGCUAGGACAAAAUCAAAGGUGCGAGCAAGUCUUAAAAAAAGCAAACUGGGCCCUGGGAAAAGGGAGAGAGUGCAGGAGAGCAGAACAAAGAUACACAGAGAGAGCCCACACCUUUGCCAGGGAGACUUAGCCUUUGCUUUCAAAACCUAAAGCUGCAGGUAUGUUUUUGCCAGCUAUCCCACCUUCUUGAUUGCAGAUGUGUGGCUUCCACAGUGAUAAAGAGGCCUGGCGCCUCUAUAAAGGGCUACACAGUACAUCACCUGGAUGCUCCACCUGAAGGCAGCAUGGGGAAGGUGCUGCUGUGGGUUGGUUUGGCUGUUGUGCUGCAGUUGCAGCUCAGCUCUGCCUGCAAACUUGUUUGCUAUUUCACCAACUGGUCUCAGUAUAGGCCAGAGCCAGCAAAAUACUUUCCAAGUAAUAUUGACCCACAGCUCUGCACUCACCUGAUCUAUGCUUUUGCUACGAUGAAUGAAAAUAAGAUCGCCCCCUAUGAGUGGAAUGAUGAAGAUCGGCUCUUCCCAGAGUUCACUGCGUUGAAACAAAAGAAUUCCCAGCUGGUUCAGCUAUUGGCUAUUGGAGGGUGGAACUUUGGCACUCAGAAAUUCACCACAAUGGUUUCAACAGCAGCUAACCGCAAGACCUUCAUUGAUUCGGUGACUGUAUACCUCCGUAAAUUUGGCUUUGAUGGGAUUGACUUGGACUUUGAAUACCCAGGUUCUAGAGGCAGUCCCCCUGAGGACAAGCAACGCUUUACUAUCCUGAUUCAGGAAAUGCGGGAGGCCUUUAAGGCUGAGGCUGCUAGCUCGGGUCAACCUGGACUUCUGAUCACAGCAGCUGUGUCUGCUGGCAAAGGAACCAUUGAUGCUGCAUAUGAGAUGGCUAAGAUAGGAAACCUUCUAGAUUUCAUCAAUGUGAUGUCAUAUGACUUCCAUGGAGGCUGGGAUACCUUCACGGGCCACAACAGUCCAUUGUAUGAGGGAUCGGCAGACCAGGGUGACUUCAAGUUUUUCAACUGUGAAUAUGCAAUGAAAUACUGGAGGGAUAAUGGUGUUCCAGCUUCUAAGCUUCUAAUGGGAUUUCCCACCUAUGGGCGCACCUUCAGGCUUACUUCCAGUGACACAUCAGUGGGUGCCCCUGCUUCUGGGGCUGGCUCUUCUGGACCUUAUACCAGGGAAGCUGGUUUCUGGGCCUACUAUGAGAUCUGCACGUACAUAAGAGAUGCCACAGUAAACUGGAUCGAAGAUCAGAAAGUCCCAUAUGCCUACAAAGGGAAUGAAUGGGUUGGAUUUGACAACACUAGGAGUUAUGAAUACAAAGCCAAGUUUGUGAAGGAGAAUCAAUUUGGGGGUGCCAUGGUAUGGGCCAUUGAUCUGGAUGACUUCAGUGGUGGAUUCUGUGGUGAAGGAGCCUAUCCCUUAAUAAGCAAGCUGAAGAGUCUCCUGGCUGGGGGCUGUGGUAAUGGCGGUGUUGACCCACCUACUGAUCCUCCUACCAUACCUCCUGAAGAAACUACUCCUCUUCCUGAUGAAACCACGACUCAGCUUCCUGAAGAACCUACAACUCCUACACCAAGUGAAAAUCCUGAUGGUCAUCCAUGCAAAAUUGUAUGUUACUUCACUAACUGGGCUCAGUACCGCCCCGAACCAGCCAAAUACUUCCCCAGCAAUGUGGACCCAAAUCUGUGCACUCACCUCAUGUAUGCCUUUGCAACAAUGAAUGACAAUAAGAUUGCCCCUUACGAAUGGAAUGAUGAAGAUGUUCUUUUCCCCCAGUUCCAAGCGCUAAAGCAGAGCAAUGCUGCCUUGGUGACACUGCUGGCUAUUGGAGGAUGGAACUUUGGCACUCAGAAAUUCACCACAAUGGUUUCAACAGCAGCUAACCGCAAGACCUUCAUUGAUUCGGUGACUGUAUACCUCCGUAAAUUUGGCUUUGAUGGGAUUGACUUGGACUUUGAAUAUCCAGGUUCUAGGGGCAGCCCCCCUGAGGACAAGCAGCGCUUCACCAUCCUGAUUCAGGAAAUGAUAGCAGCUUUUGAACAAGAGUCCAAAGAAACUGGGAACAGGAGGUUAUUGGUGACAGCAGCUGUGUCAGCUGGCAAACCAACCAUUGAUGCUGGAUACGAAAUGGGAGAAAUAGGAAAAUACCUAGAUUUUCUUAAUGUGAUGUCCUAUGAUUUUCAUGGUGGUUGGGACUCCUUCACAGGGCACAAUAGCCCCCUGUAUGUUGGAUCUGCUGAUACUGGAGAUUACAAAUACUUCAACACUGAUUUUGCUAUGAGAUACUGGAGAGACAAUGGUGUUCCUGCUGGGAAACUUAUAAUGGGAUUUCCCACCUAUGGACGCACCUUCAGGCUCACUUCCUCAGACACUUCUGUUGGUGCUCCUGCCUCUGGGGCUGGCUCUUCUGGACCAUACACCCGUGAAGCAGGCUUCUGGGCUUACUAUGAGAUCUGCAGCUUUAUAAAGGAUGCAACUGUUGUUUGGAUUGAAGAUCAGUGUGUCCCCUAUGCCUACAAAGGUUCCGAGUGGGUUGGAUUUGACAACAAGACCAGCUUUGAAUGCAAAGCCCAAUAUGUGAAGAAAAACAAAUUUGGUGGAGGCAUGGUGUGGGCUAUUGACCUGGAUGACUUCAGUGGCUCCUUCUGUGGUGAAGGUCGUUACCCUCUAAUAAACACGUUGAAGAGCUCACUUUCAGGGAAUGGUUUGGCUAUUUUGCUGCAGCUGCAGCUUGGCUCUGCCUACAAACUUGUUUGUUAUUUCACCAACUGGUCUCAGUACAGGCCAGAACCAGCCAAGUAUUUUCCAAGCAACAUCGAUCCAAAUCUCUGUACUCAUUUGAUAUAUGCCUUUGCCACUAUGAAUCAAAAUAAGAUUGCACCUUAUGAAUGGAAUGAUGAAGAUCGACUCUUCCCAGAAUUCCAAGCACUUAAGCAAAAGAACUCCAACCUUGUCACACUGCUGGCUAUUGGAGGCUGGAAUUUUGGCACUCAGAAGUUCACUGAAAUGGUUGCUUCAGCUGCCAAUCGUAAAAUCUUCAUUGAUUCAGUAACUGAAUAUCUCUGUAAGUUUGGUUUUGAUGGGAUCGACCUGGACUUUGAAUACCCAGGCUCUAGGGGCAGCCCUCCUGAAGAUAAGCAGCGCUUCACUGUCCUGAUUCAGGAAAUGUUGACUGCUUUUGAGAACAAUAAAUGUAAUGGGAAGAGGCUUUUAAUCACAGCUGCUGUAUCUGCUGGCAAAGGAACCAUUGAUGCAGGAUAUGAAAUAGCUGAGAUAGGAAAACGUCUAGAUUUCAUCAGCGUAAUGUCUUAUGACUUCCACGGAGGCUGGGAUACCACCACAGGACACAAUAGCCCCUUGUAUGUGGGAUCCAAAGAUCAGGGUGAUUUCAAGUAUUUCAACUGUGAUUUUGCCAUGAAGUACUGGAGGGAUAAUGGUGUUCCAGCUUCAAAGCUUCUUAUGGGAUUCCCUACCUAUGGACGCACCUUCAGGCUCACUUCCUCGGAUACUUCUGUUGGUGCUCCUGUAUCUGGGGCUGGCUCAGCUGGACCCUAUACCCGUGAGGCAGGCUUCUGGGCUUACUAUGAGAUUUGCACCUUUUUAACAACUGCCACGCAAGAAUGGAUUGAUGAUCAGAAAGUCCCAUAUACCUACAAGGGGAAUGAAUGGGUUGGCUAUGACAACAUUUGCAGCUACAAACACAAGGUCAAGUACUUGAAGGACAACAAUUUUGGAGGUGCCAUGGUUUGGGCCAUUGAUCUGGAUGAUUUUCUGGGCACUUUCUGCAAUGAAGGAAAAUAUCCUCUAAUAAGUGAGCUGAAGAGACUUCUUGAAACAAAUGAGCCCAUUGAGCCAAACUGCCCUCUUGGUGGAGGUACAAUUCCUCCAGAUACUGAUACAACUACAACUGUUGGUCAGCCAGAUACUACUACAACUGUGGGACCACCAGUGCCUGAUAACUUUUGUGCAGACAAACCAGAUGGUAUCUAUGCUGACCCAGAAGACAAUAGGAAGUUCUACCAAUGUUUUAACCAUCAGAGUUUCAGCUUCAACUGUCCCAGUCAAUUGAUUUUUGAUGACAGCUGCAAGUGCUGUGUCUAUCCUUAAGAUGGUUUCCAACAAAGAGAGAUGAGUAAAAUUGUGUAGUUCUAUGGCCCACAGCAGACCACCCCACUUUCUUUGCAAAUAAAAUCCAGCAUGACUAAA